AUGCCGAGCAAGACUGACAUGGAGCCACGGAAAGGCGUGAUGAGAGGGACCAGCGUCAGGAAAUCAGUGGAGGAAACACGGCAUAUCCUUGAUGAGGAGUCGGUGGUCCCGUUCCGAGGGAAAAUUGAUGUGUCUGGCGUUAUGAAGGACAAUUUGGAAGAGAGUGUUGAUGUAAGAUUAUUUUUAUUUUUGUUGUUUUGGUUUUUAGAGAGGAAAUUAUAUUGCACUUGAUGCCCAGUGGAAGGUCAUUGAAUUUCAGAUAGAAAGAAGGUGUUUUUGACGGACGCGGAAAUUUUGCUUAAUACCUUGUACUAGGUUUCUCCACCUAAAAGACAUUAAAAUUCAAAAGUUCAGAAGGCUUUCGUCUCUCAUUUUAACAUUUCAUUACUUUAGGUACCUGCUAAAAAAUGUUUUUCUGACCUAAGUGUUCAUACCCAAAUUUCUUGUUUCACAAAGUCAAAUUAUAGGCCAACACAUCUUUUGGGCCUCCAUUGAGCGAGAUUGAGCAUCUGGAAAUGCCAACAAUGCCUUCCCCAACCACUCCAGUUGGUAUUCGGCUUGCCAGAAGAGCUCCCAGGCGUUGCACGCUAUUGGUAGAGAAGGUCGCUGCUGUGGAAUUGCCGAAGAAACGAAAAAGAAAGUCAAAGAAUGAUUAA